AUGCCCAAGGUAGCGAAAGGAAGGAGACAGCGAGCAUACCGGCCAAAGACCAAGACCGGUUGCUUAACUUGUAGGAUACGAAGAAUAAAGUGUGACGAGGCAAAGCCCGCAUGUCUUAAAUGUACAUCAACUCGUCGGAUAUGUCCAGGCUAUCAUGUCCCAACCCUGGACCCGUCACCUUCGGAUAACAUGAGUCUUAUCAAAACAAACUCUUCAUUUGAAAUCCUCAGUUCCCCGCAAUCAAAGCGAUCAUUUGCAUUCUUCGUGCAACGGACUUGCUCUCAAUUAGCCGGAUUUUUCGGUUCCGAUUUCUGGGAGAGACUCGUGCUUCAAACUGCUCAUCACGAGUCCGCUGUACGCCAUGCCGUGGUAGCCCUAGGCGCUAUCCAUGAAUCGUCAGAGCAGAAGACGCGAAUUUCUGAUAUCGAUAAGGCUUUUGCUUUGGAGCAAUAUAACUUUGCGAUUAGAGAUCUCUUAGCUCCUCUGUCUCGGAAUGAGAAGCGAGGUGUUGAUGUUUGCCUUAUUGCUUGCAUUAUUUUUGCUAACUUUGAGAGUAUAGCAGGGCAGCGUGCGUCGGCAGGAGCACAUAUAAAAAGUGGCGCGAAGCUGCUGCGUGAAACCGAAUGGGACCAACAGAAUGGAAUGGUUUAUCAUCAAACACUGGGUUCGAAAAGUCCUGUCGAUUUGUAUGCUUCUCCAGGUGCUCUAGCUAGAAUAUAUUCAGGAUUAGACAGAGAAUGUACGACAAUAAAAGGUUUUUUAGCCGAGCGUUACGAACCUUUAUUCUAUGGAGACUCACUCUCUGGAAUAAUAAACGACAAUGUUCCUAUAUACUUUCGCAAUGUCGAAGAAGCCAAAAACUGUUUUGAAUACGGUUGUUACCUAUUCCAACGCAGUGUCGCGCGUGCUUCCGAGCCUCCAGCCGAUGCUGUAAAUUUCCCCAUCGAUUUCGAAACCCGUAUUCGUCAGAUCAUUGAUAAUUUUGAAGCUCUACAUUCAAAAUACUCCCAUGACCUCCAAGCAUUUAUAGCAGCGAGAGGCUCGUCUUUCACCCCAAAAGAAGAUAUCGCCGUUGCAGUACUACAACUUCACUCGUUGGACAAUCACAUAUCAUGCUAUAUCCAGUAUUUGCCUCUAACACAUCGCUUACACUGGAGUGAAUUCAUGCCUCAAAUUCAGAGAAUGAUAAUGCUGGGCCAGAAAAUCGUCGCUUAUAUCUUAUCCGACAGUAGCUGUGGAGAAUCAACCAUUUCUUUUAAUUUGGACAUGGGCGUUAUCAUCCCUCUUUAUAAUCUAGUUCGCCAUUGCAAGGAUCCUAUAAUUCGUCGACAGGUUAUUCGUCUUCUCCGCUCCUUUGAACGUCAGGAGGGACUUUGGAAUAGCGUACUAGUCGCGAAUGCUUUGGAUAGAAUUGUGGAAAUUGAAGAAAGUGUAUGGAGCGAAGUGGACGCUUACUCUGACCAGAGACCGUUGAGUGUUGAUCCAAUCCUUGAGUUGGAUUCUAGAGGAGGUCGGUUGGUAUAUACCCGACAAGGACAAGAUAUCAAUUCUCCAAUCAAGGUAGUCGAGGAGAUGUUCACUUGGUGA